AUGAGCCAUUCACAGAAGGCUGUCGUAUUGCUCAACUGUGCUCGAGGAAGGGCGCAGAAGUGGAAGGGACGAAGUGGCGGGUGGCUUUGGUUCUGGAACCAGACCUUCAAUCGCUGGUGCGCCGCUUGCUCUUUGGCUUUGUUUUCCGUCAACUUCGAGCAGAACGAGGAGGUUUCAAAUGCCAAUCUGCUACCUCGAACAGAGUCCCCGGGCAACAUUUGA